AAAGGCAAGUGCGACUCCUCCCAGUUCCAGUGUACCAACGGGCGCUGCAUCACGAUGCUGUGGAAAUGUGACGGGGACGAGGACUGUGCUGACGGCAGUGACGAGAAGAACUGUGUAAAGAAGACGUGUGCAGAGUCUGAUUUCGUGUGUAACAACGGCCAGUGCCUGCCCAGCAGGUGGCAGUGUGACGGGGACCCCGACUGUGAAGACGGGUCGGACGAGAGCCCGGAGCAGUGCCAUAUGAGAACAUGCCGUAUAAAUGAAAUCAGCUGUGGCGCCUACUCCACUCAGUGUAUCCCCGUGUCCUGGCGGUGUGACGGUGAAAAUGAUUGUGACAGUGGAGAAGAUGAAGAAAACUGUGGCAACAUGACGUGCAGCGCCGACGAGUUCACCUGCUCCAGCGGCCGCUGCGUGUCCAGGAACUUCGUGUGCAACGGCCAGGACGACUGCAGCGACGGCAGUGACGAGCUGGACUGCGCGCCGCCCACGUGCGGGGCCCACGAGUUCCAGUGCAGCACGUCCUCCUGCAUCCCGCUCAGCUGGGUGUGUGACGACGACGCGGACUGCGCCGACCAGUCGGAUGAGUCCCUGGAGCAGUGCGGCCGCCAGCCGGUCACGCACGCCCGCUGCCCAGCCAGCGAGGUCCAGUGCAGCUCGGGCGAGUGCAUCCACAAGAAGUGGCGCUGUGACGGCGACCCCGACUGCAAGGACGGCAGCGAUGAGGUUAACUGUCCGUCUCGGACCUGCCGGCCUGACCAGUUCGAAUGCGAAGAUGGCAGCUGUGUCCAUGGCAGCAGGCAGUGCAACGGCAUCCGAGACUGUGUGGACGGCUCUGACGAGGUCAACUGCAAAAAUGUUAACCAGUGCUCAGGCCCUGGGAAGUUCAAGUGCCAAAGCUCAGAAUGCAUCGAUAUCAGUAAGGUGUGUGACCAAGAGCAGGACUGCAGAGACUGGAGUGACGAACCCCUGAAGGAAUGCAAUGUGAACGAGUGUCUGGUUAACAACGGUGGGUGCUCGCACAUCUGCAGAGACCUGGUGAUAGGCUACGAGUGCGACUGUGCGGCGGGGUUUGAGCUGAUAGAUAAGAAAACCUGUGGCGAUAUUGACGAGUGCCAGAAUCCCGGAAUCUGCAGUCAAAUUUGUAUCAACUUAAAAGGCGGUUACAAGUGUGAAUGUAGUCGUGGCUAUCAGAUGGACCUUGCCACUGGUGUGUGCAAGGCAGUAGGCAAAGAGCCCAGUCUGAUCUUUACGAAUCGCAGAGACAUCAGGAAGAUUGGCUUAGAGAGGAAAGAAUACAUCCAGCUCGUUGAGCAGUUAAGGAACACGGUGGCUCUCGAUGCUGACAUCGCUGCUCAGAAACUCUUCUGGGCGGAUGUGAGCCAAAAAGCUAUCUUCAGUGCCUCGAUUGAUGACAAGGUUGGUAGACAUGUUAAAAUGAUCGACAAUGUCUAUAAUCCUGCAGCCAUAGCUGUCGACUGGGUGUACAAGACCAUCUACUGGACUGACGCGGCUUCUAAGACUAUUUCAGUAGCUACCCUCGACGGAACCAAGCGGAAGCUUCUGUUUAACUCGGACUUGCGAGAGCCGGCCUCCAUAGCCGUGGACCCGCUGUCGGGCUUUGUUUAUUGGUCAGACUGGGGAGAACCAGCUAAGAUAGAACAAGCAGGGAUGAAUGGAUUUGACCGGCGACCGCUGGUGACAGUGGACAUCCAGUGGCCCAAUGGCAUCACCCUGGACCUCGUCAAGAGCCGCCUCUACUGGCUGGAUUCCAAGCUGCACAUGUUGUCCAGCGUGGACUUGAACGGCCAGGACCGUCGGAUAGUGCUCAGGUCUCUGGAGUUCCUGGCUCACCCUCUCGCAUUAACGAUAUUUGAGGACCGUGUCUACUGGAUAGAUGGGGAGAACGAAGCUGUCUACGGGGCCAAUAAAUUCACUGGCUCGGAGCUGGCUACCCUGGUUAACAACCUCAAUGACGCCCAGGACAUCAUUGUGUACCACGAGCUGGUCCAGCCGUUAGGUAAAAAUUGGUGUGAAGAAGACCAGGAGAACGGAGGAUGUGAAUACCUGUGCCUGCCAGCACCGCAGAUUAAUGAGCACUCUCCAAAGUACACCUGCUCCUGCCCCAACGGGUACAAGCUGGCGGCCGGCGGCCAGGAGUGUCAGAGGAUCAAUGUGACCACAGCUGUGUCGGAAAUCAGUGUCCCCCCGAGAGGGACCUCGGCCGCCUGGGCCACUCUGCCCCUCUUGCUCUUGGCGAUGGCAGCCGUAGGUGGCUACUUGAUGUGGCGGAAUUGGCAACACAAGAACAUGAAGAGCAUGAACUUCGACAACCCUGUGUACUUGAAGACCACGGAAGAGGACCUCUCCAUCGACAUCGGCCGGCACAGCGCCUCCGUCGGACACACGUACCCCGCGAUAUCGGUUGUAAGCACAGAUGAUGAUCUAGCUUGACUUCCGGGACAAGUCUUGACUUUUGGAAUCUGAUCUGGAUUACCACGCUUCAGGACGGUAACCGAGCCAGCGGCUGAUGUCUGUCCGCCCCCCGGUCAGGAACAUCAGGACACCUGGAGGUGGCUCAAGCUCGUGUCCUCGGCCGUUUUAUACACUUUUGUAAAUAUCCUUGUCCACGUUCGACUUCAGCUUUGGAUAUGGUUGCCCAAUCUCUGUAACCCUUGAGACUCCAGACAGUAUUGCCACCUCUGGCCAAAUCCGCACUUUUCUAGAAAGCCAUAUUGCAGCAAUGAAACUUGUGCUAUAUUGUAUGCUACCUGUACAUACACUGUAUAGGCCCCCUGUAAAUAGCCCGGAGAACAAUCACUAUUCUUAAGCACUUUGGAAAUAUUUCUAUGUAAAUUAUUGUGAACUUUUUUCAAUGGUUGGGACAAUGGCAAUAGGAUAAAACGGGUUAUUAAGAUGAAACUGUCAAAACUAAUUUUGUACGUAUGAGUGAGAACCUUGACCUCUGGGGAGGUUGACAAAGACCAAGUGGUCACACUACUGUACAUUUUUUUUUCAAGUGCUAAAAAAUUAAACCAUGCAGCUUAACCA